AUGGCCGCCAACAAGCAGGGCAAGAUGCAAAAUCUCAUCAACUUCCGGAUGAGGGUGACGCUCAGCGAUGGCCGCCAGAUGACCGGUCAAAUGCUGGCUUUUGAUAAGCACAUGAACCUCGUUCUCGCCGACACAGAAGAGUUUCGCAGCAUCAAGCGGAAGUCGAAGCCUGCCGCCGGCUCCUCCGACACCCCGCUGGUCGAGGCUGAAGAGAAGCGUACUCUUGGUCUGACUAUUAUUCGCGGUACCCAGGUCGUGUCUUGUUCAGUUGACGGUCCCCCUCCUGCCGACCCCUCUGCUCGCCUCGGCAGUGGCCCGGGUCCUGCUGGCGCUGCUGCAACUCUCGCUGCCGGCCCUGGCAUCAGCAAGCCCGCUGGUCGUGGCCUGCCCAUCGGACUUGGUGGUCCCGCUGCUGGUGUUGGUGGUGCUCCGCCCCCAGGCGGCUUCCCUGGUUUUCCUCCUGGCGGUUUUCCUGGUGCUCCGCCGCCCGGCUUCGGUGGUCGUGGAGGACCCCCUGGUGGACCUCCUGGAUUUGCCCCUCCUCCUGGCUUUGCUUCUCAAGGUCCUCCCGGUUCUUUCCAGCCCCCUCCUGGCUUCCAGCCCCCAGGGCAGGGACGCGGAUACCCGCCGCCUGGUUUUGGCGGCCGAUAA